AUGCUGCGAAGUGAGGAACUUACAGAAAGACCAAGUCAUGUCUCGAUCUCUACCGACGAGGUCUCGGUCAGCCUGCGAUCGGUACCAGAAGAUCAUCCGCUGUUGGUGCAGAACGAACCAAAGAAGAACGAGUCGAAAAAAGUAGUUUUGGAAGCGAAAGCGGCAGUUGUGCCUGCUACCAAAGUGCUUUUUCUAGAUGGCGUUCGUGGUCUGGCUGCUAUCUUAGUAGUCACGCAGCACUCGCACGAGUACAUGCAGGACUCGAACUGGGGUGCGAUUGCAGUGGACUCGUUCUUUGUCUUGUCGUCAUUUCUGCUCACGUGGCUCUUUUUGAAAAAGAGCAUUCAACUGCGCGAUCAAGGAGCUGGAGCUCGGAAGUGGCUAUUCACUUUGGUCGACUACUUUUCCAGACGCUUCUUUCGCGUAUACCCGCUGUUCACUAUCACGUGCAUCGUCCUGUGGUUCUUGAAUGAUGCGGAGAAAGAACGGUACUUCUUGGUCACGGACGUCGGGACCUACGACUUGUUGAAAACCCUGCUGUUUGAUUUUGACCACCGCUACUUUGUUUUUUGGACGCUUCCUCUUGAGAUUACGUACUACUUGCUCAUUCCAGUGUUUGUCCUGUUGACGCUAUUGCUGCGGAAGUUCUGGUGGGUGCCUUUCAUCCCAGCGUACUGUUGGGUUAACUAUGAAGGCUGGAACGAGUUCCGGACAAGCCACGCACUGUUCCGUCCCCACAUUCCAACGUUCCUGGCAGGAUCAAUGGCUGCAGUGGUUUAUCUGAAGCUCGACAUGUGGAUCAAGGCUAGCGGGUUCGAGUUUCGGUUGGUUCACAAACUCGUGCUACGUACUAUCCAGUUCGCGGCCCUUGCUCUGUUCCUUAGUAUUGGUUUCCAAGGCCUUUUCUUCGUUUGGGUACAUGGAAACGUAGCACCAGAAACCCCUGGGUUCCCGUUCGUUAGUGUGCUCUUGACGAUGAUUAUCGUUAUCGAGAUGCUGUUACCUUCGCCAUUAUCCUCCUUCUUCGAAUGGAGUGUCUUGCGCUACUGGGGUAAGAUCAGUUUUUCUGUCUACUUGCUGCACAGCUUUGUUGUAUGGAAUAAGCGCGUGAGCAACCAGCCGAAUUACUACUGCCGGCUCUUUUCCCGAUUCGGGCUGCUCUGGAUGCUGGCUACGACUUCGUAUCAUUUGGUCGAGUACCCAUCUCAAUUGCUGGCACAACGCAUCUCUAAGAUUCUUAAUGAGCAGGAAGCAAAUGGCUUGGGUUGCCUUGCACCGAUCCAGUGUAAAGCAGACAAACUUGAGGAGAAGUAG